AUGUCCAGUGGCGAAAAAGAUAUCUACCAAAAGGCGGCUAUUGCCCCUCAGGCUUCAGAGUUAAGCUAUGUUAAGACAGAGAAAAAACAUCUCGAUGGCGAUGGCGAUGGUGCAGACGGAAAUAAAGGCGUAUAUGUUGAGGGUGUAUCAGAUACUGAGGAAGAGACUGCUCAAGCAGAUUUGGGUAUAACUGGAGAGGAUUUGAUUGAGAUGGAAAAUAAGCUUGGUUCCAUGUCUUUGGAGAGAACUCAAAUCAUCAUGCAGCAAGUCAGGGAGAUGCAUCAACACGAUCAAAACUUCCCUGUUCACGUUCUUGAACAGAUAGAUACAUUCUUAGGUGACCCCGAAGUGCUCGCAAAACCUGAACAUCAUCGAGAAUUGAUUCGAGAAAUGAAGCUUGAAGCUCUACUCGUCACUGAAAAUUCACCUUAUGCGGAAGUGAGAGCCGUUGUUGAGAAUACCGAUGAUGUGAAUAUGCCUUCCUUCACCUUCCGGGUUUGGUUCAUUGGCAUUGUAUACGUCGUUAUCGGGGCUUUCAUCAAUCAAUUAUUCGAGAUUAGGCAACCUACUAUUAAGGUAACAUCAGAGGUAGCACAACUUUUAGCUUAUCCUGCCGGUAAGCUGCUUGAAAGGAUAAUGCCAGCAUGGGAGUUCAAUCUUUUCGGAUCAAGGCACAGUCUAAAUCCAGGAACUUUCAACAAGAAGGAGCAUAUGUUGAUCACCAUCAUGGCGACAGUUGGAUACAAUACACCUUAUACCGUCGAUAUUAUCCUCUCUCAAUUUUUACCACAAUAUUUCAAUCAGGCAUAUGCAGCCGAUUUUGGUUACCAAAUCCUUAUCGGUUUGGGCACCAAUUUCUGUGGGUAUGGUCUAGCAGGUCUUGCAAGAAGGUUCUUGAUCUAUCCAUCUUAUUGUGUUUGGCCUGGCUCCCUUGUCACCGUAGCCUUAAACCGAGCUUUCCACUCUGAAAGUGAUCCAGCUGUCCCAGGACCAUUCAAAAGAAUGUAUUCAUGGAGUCGUCUCAAGCUGUUCACGGUGGCUUUUGGUGCCAUGUUCGUCUGGUUCUGGUUGCCCGGUUUUCUGUUCACCGCGACCUCAACUUUCAAUUGGAUCAGUUGGAUCAGUCCAAACAACAUGACCCUUAACAACAUCGUGGGAUCUGUGAAUGGUUUAGGUGUCAAUCCGUGGCCGACCUUUGAUUUCAACGUCUUAACGGCAUAUAGUUACAAUCCUCUAGUCGUCCCUGCCUUUGGUACUAUCAACCAAUUUAUCGGUAUGAUUGUCACAUUCUUCAUGAUUGUCGGCUUCUAUUGGACCAAUACGUGGAAUACCGGAUACUUGCCAAUCAACAGUAAUCACGUUUUUGACAAUACGGGAGAAGCCUUUGACGUACAAAAGGUCAUUGAUAAUCGAGGUAUCUUUGAUCCCGUCAAAUAUCAAACUUAUUCUCAGCCUUGGAUGUCUGCUGGUAAUCUCACGGUAUACUUCUGGUUCUUUGCACAAUACGCAGCAACCAUCUCCUACGCUGCCUUAUUUCACAGCCGAGAGAUUUCACAUGGAUUCAAAGGGCUUUGGAGAAGUCUUCGUCGACAAAAACAGACAGAAGUAAACGAAGAUGACCUCGCCGAGGACAUCCAUUGUCGACUGAUGCGAGCUUAUCCUGAAGUUCCAGAAUGGUGGUAUUUAUUGGUUUUACUCUUCGCUAUGGGAUGUGGUAUGGCUGGUAUUGGCGCUUGGGAUACCUACACUACUCCCGCCGUCGUCCUUUUCGGUAUCGCUCUUGGAAUAGUUUUUGUUAUUCCAGUCGGCCUCAUUACAGCUAUUACCGGUAUUCAAGUAACCAUGAAUGUUCUUGCGGAACUGAUCGGUGGUGCUUGGGCUCCUGGUAACGCUUUAGCAAUGAAUUACUUCAAGGCUUUUGGUUAUAUCACCACCGCUCAAGCUAUCUACUUCUCGACUGAUCUGAAAGUUGCUCAUUACCUCAAAUUGCCACCUAGGCAUACGUUUAUGGCGCAAAUGGCUGCUACUUUAGUUUCAACUUUCGUUUGCACUGGAGUCUUCAACUUUCAAAUGAACAAAGUACCAAACGUCUGUACGGAGGAUGCUCCUUUCGGAUUCACUUGCCCUGGUAUAAAUACCUUCUUUACUGCUGCCGUUUUCUGGGGUACUCUUGGUCCCAAAAAGCUGUUCGGAUCAGGUGGUCAAUAUAAUGCUUUAUUGAUUGGUUUCCCAGUUGGAUUUUUGAUUCCAGUCGUCGUCUACUUCCUUCGAAAAAAAUUCCCUCGAGCGACAUUGUUGAGACAAUUCCACCCAGUCAUGUUCUGUUACGGUGGAAUUGAUUGGGCUCCUUAUAAUCUUUCUUACAUGUGGCCUCAAGUCCCUUUGGCCGCCCUUUCUUGGUUCUACCUCAAGAAACGUUACCUCGCUCUCUGGUCCAAGUACAACUUCGUCCUUGCUGCAGCAUGGCAAUGUGGUAUUGCGAUUGCGGCUAUCAUCAUCUUUUUUGCAGUUCAAUUACCUGCUGUAGAUCUGGCAUGGUGGGGUAACACAGUCUCAUAUGAGGGUUGUGAAGGAACUGCUUGUACGAGAUUGACGAUCCCCUAUGUUGGAUACUUUGGCCCGGCUCCUGGAAACCUCCCAUGA